ACCAGCCCAUCCGUCCUGAAUAACGUCGUUCGCUCUUUCCUCUCAUCGUUCUCAGCGCGCGGAGGAAAAAUCAGAAGCUGCUUCUGCUGUAACUGCUCGAAUUCAGUGGUCGAUGGGGCUCGCGAGCACAACGGAGAUUGCCGUGCGAAGCGAGCUGAGAAAGUUGUAAUCCGCAAGCAUUACAGACGGUGAUGUCGCGCCACCUUCACAAGCUGUCCUCGCUCGUGUCGCUGACCCCGCGACACCAAACUCCCGACUGCAGAAGCCUCCUCGACUGGGCGCGCGUUGUCUCCACCCGGGCCCAGCUCCAGGAAGUCCUCGAUCAAUUUUACGCUCCGGCUUCGCCCCUUGACGACAAGGCCUUGGCUGCUCUUUUCCACGCUUGUGCCCGCCACAAAUGCCUGGAACAAGGCAGGGCCUUGCAUCGUUACAUGCUCCUCAACCAGAAUGGCCCGCCGGACCUCUUCGUGUCGAACCACCUGGUCAAUAUGUAUGCGAAGUGCGGGGAUCUGGAGUGUGCCCGCAAGGUGUUCGAUGAGAUGCCACGUAGGAACUAUGUUUCUUGGACGGCUCUCGUUUCUGGGUAUGCCCAGCAUGGCCGUGGGGACGAGUGUUUUAGUCUGUUCGCCGGGAUGUUGGCCCACCACCGCCCGAAUGAGUUUGCGUUCGCCAGCGUGCUCAGUUCGUGCCGCGAGCGUGACGGUGAUCGUGGCCGACAGGUACACGCACUUGCCCUGAAAAUGUCCGUCAAUUCGUGUCUUUACGUUGGGAAUUCUCUUAUUGCAAUGUAUAGCAAGACGAGUGGCUGCCAAAGUGGUUUCGAUGAGCAUAAAGAUGAGGCUUGGACCGUGUUUAGAAGUAUGGAGUCUCGCAAUCUGAUCACUUGGAACUCAAUGAUUGCAGGGCUUGAGCUCCGUGGCCUUGGAAGACUGGCUAUCGAUCUGUUUGCCCAAAUGCAUACUGGAGGAUAUGGGUUUGAUCGUGCUACACUUCUUGGAAUCUUUUCUUCCUUGUCUGGAAGCAGCGAUGCUGGUGUUGGAUUUGCUCUUAAUUGUUGUCUUCAGUUACAUUGUCUCACAGUUAAAACUGGUUUUACCUCGGAAGUGGAAGUGACGACCGCACUGGUGAAGGCUUAUUCAGAUCUUGGAGGGGAUGCCGCUGACUGCUACAAGCUCUUUUUGGAGACCAAUUCUCACAAAGACGUUAUUUGUUGGACAGGCAUCAUAACAGCAUUGGCAGAACGUGAACCUGAAGAGUCCUUCUUCCUCUUUCGCCAGUCGCUUCGGGAGGGAAUAUCUCCAGAUUGGUAUAUGUUUUCUAGCGUCCUAAAAGCAUGUGCUGGUCUUAUGACUGAGAAACAUGCCUUGUCAGUGCAUUGUCAAGUAAUUAAAUCUGGAUUUGAUGGGGAUACAGUGCUUGCCAACUCCUUAAUACAUGCUUAUGCAAGAUGUAGCUGCAUGGCCUUGUCUAAGCAAGUUUUUGAUCUGAUGGAGUCUCCUGACUUGGUUUCUUGGAACUCAAUGCUUAAAGCAUAUGCUCUGUAUGGGCAAGGUAAGGAAGCAUUGCAGCUCUUUGCCGGAAUGGACUUCCAACCCGAUAGCACUACUUUUGUUGCUCUCCUCUCUGCAUGUAGCCAUGCUGGACUGGUAGAAGAUGGAAUUUGCAUAUUCGAUACCAUGUCCACAGACUAUGGUGUUGCUCCACGGCUUGAUCAUUAUGCUUGCAUGGUCGAUAUUCUUGGAAGAGCUGGGCGUGUUCUUGAGGCACAGGAACUGAUAAACAGAAUGCCUGUGCAACCUGAUUCAGUGGUCUGGAGUGCACUGCUGGGAGCAUGCAGGAAACAUGGUAAUGCACAAUUAGCAAAAAUAGCGGCUAUUAAACUGAAGGAGUUGGAACCUAGUAAGUCCUUGGGAUAUGUGCAACUGUCGAACAUAUGUUGUUCAGGUGGAAGAUUUGAUGAAGCAGGUCUAAUUAGAUAUGAAAUGAAUUGGUCCAGAGUGAAAAAGGAACCAGGUUUAAGCUGGAUUGAGAUAGGAAAUCAGAUCCAUGAGUUUGCAUCUGGAGGAAGGAGGCAUCCACUGAGGGACAGGAUAUAUGCGAAGCUCGAUGUAUUUAUUGGGAAGCUGAAAGAGCUGGGUUAUACACCAGAAACAUGCUUGGCAUUGCAUGACUUAGAAGAGGAGCACAAAGAGGAGCAAUUAUAUUACCACAGUGAGAAGCUGGCUUUGGUAUUUGCAACAAUGAAGGAAAGUAGCUUGCCUAGAGUGAUAAAAAUCAUGAAAAAUAUUCGCAUUUGUGUCGAUUGCCAUAACUUCAUGAAAAUAGCCGCAGAUCUUCUCAACAGGGAGAUAGUGGUGAGAGAUUCAAACCGAUUCCACCAUUUCAAAAGCAGGGUUUGCUCUUGCAAUGACUACUGGUAGCUCAUUUCUAUACGAUAAGAUUGGAUUAAGAGGUUCUAUCGUAGUCCCUUCUUGAGAGGAUGUGAGCAACCCCUCCAAGAUUUAUAUGGUUGAGUGGAAUUUUAUAUGUUCAGCAUCAUAGCAUGGUAAGAAUUUUGUCAAGCAGUAAGAGCCUCCUGCCAAUUAAUUAUGUAAAUGUUCCAUUGAGCCCUGUUUUAACUUCUUGGACAUGGAAGCACCUGAAGUAGGAUGUUCAAUAUGGAUGUUGAAAGUCUUAGAAGAUGAUCAUACUACAGCUUCUAAGCAUGCAUUGGAGGCAUUUUAAGAGCUCAAGUACCUUGCAGUUAGAUAUGAUGUCUUGAGCAGCAUGAAUAGCCUUCAAGUUCAAUCCAUCGCACUUUCUGAACUCAUUAUCUGGGGGCACUUGUGUGGUGGGCAUGUCAUCUGACUUUUUAGGUUGUGAAGGAUGGGGAUAUUACUGCUUAUGAGGAUGAAAUGUUUGAAGAAGUCCUUGGUCCAAAGAAAUUGAGUUACACCCAGGGUUGGGGGGCCAGCCCAAAGCCUCAGACGUCUUCUCCCAAUCCAGGGGUCUUGCAAAGGCUAGAAAAUCAAGUUCAGAAAGACAGUAGGCAUGCGGAUGAGGCAACAAAAUGGCAAGGAGACAUACAAAGGAAUUGAGAUGCUACGAGUACUGAGCGAAUCCAAGCAAAGUCAACUAGAGGCCAAUGCUUCCAGCAGCAAAAGUUGUAACUUUAAAACAACGGAAAGUGUCUUCUACGCAGCGGGCCAAGGUAAAUAGUUAAGAGUUCCAACACAAACAUCCAUCAAUACCAAGUUGGUGAACGUGUCGUUUUGAUCUUUUGGCCUCAAGUCAACGGUCAGUUGCCCUUGAGAUGUUGACUGUUGGUUCUCAAAGAUUCUGGAGUACGACUUUGCCUCAAGAUGGUAUCGGGUCCUCGGUUUGUUUGUUGAUCUUAUUUCCAUUUGCAUGCGUAGCGUUUGGUGUUGUUAUAAUAAAUGAUUUGGACCUCUGAUAUUGCAAACCCCCAGAUUGUGCAAAACAUUGGUAAAUUCAAAUCUGGGUUGUCAAUGUAUUAAUUGGUGUCGGUUGAGCAGUUAUGCCAGUUACCUAUUUUAA